AACGCCAUCCACCUUCGGUCUUAAACCCAGGUCAAACUCUCAUACCUCACUCUUGCCUUGGCACCAAAAGCAAAAUAAAACAAAAUUCAAAGCUCUCACUCUCCCUCACUCGACCUUCAUCAUUCAUUCAUUCAUGGAGUUGAAAACCUCCAAAUAAACUAAUUCUCAGAAUUCAAAUUCUACGCUCAAUUAAUCUUUCUUUGAGACGUAAAUAUGGCGGGAAACGCUAGAAAAAAUGCUCGAAAUAGACCUAAACCUUCGAUCGAUGCUGAUGAAGUUCAUCAUCCGAUCAACACCGAUAACAAAAUAAAUCUCAAGCUUAGGAGAGAGAAAUUUACGAUUCUCCGUUCUUCCAGAUUUAGAUUUGUUAUCGGAUUCUUUGCAAUUUUCGUCUUCGCAUUUUCAACUUAUUUAAUUUACUUUCAUUUCACGAAUUCUGUUGAUCAUGGAAGCCAGAAACCUAGGGUUAUCACUCCAUUUCCUGCUCCUAAACUCAUGGAUCUUCCUCAGUUUCAAGGAGAGCAUAAGGAAAGUUUGUACUGGGGAACUUACCGGUCUCAUGUUUAUCUUGGAAUUCGUGCAAGGACUCCGCAGUCACUGAUUGCAGGAUUGAUGUGGCUUGGUGUUAAGGAUGGACAAUAUUUUAUGCGGCAUGUCUGCCAAGAUGCCGAUGACCUAAGUACUUACGGUUGGACUCAUCACAAUGGGCGCGAUUAUGGUCGGCAGCUGAUAGUUGACCAAGGGCUGACCUUGGAGACCAGUUUUUUAAAAUUAAGGGGAAAAGGCAGUGGUUAUGGAGGUGAUUGGGCUGUCCGCAUUGAUGCACAGAGCAAAAAGUCAAGCUCAAAAGAGGACAUUGGGGAAACUGGUCAUUUUUUCUUUUACUUGGCUGAUGAAAGUGGAAAUGCCAUCAGCUUAAGUAGAGAUAUUCUGGACCGUCAUGAAAGCUCGCCAUUGGCGUCAGGAUCACGUAAGGAUGUCGGAGGCUGGCAGUUACAUCUCAAAUCAGCUGACAAUUUGGAAAUUCAUUAUUCUGGUUUCAAGACACCACACAUCCACAACUUGUCUGAUCUAGUCCAAGUAAAUCUUGCACAUCAGAUCAGAAAGUUCAGCCGUCUGGAACUUCCAGACAGUCUUGCCCAUUCUCCAAAUAUUCUUGUAUUUCAGAUCUCAGCGAAGGUUCCUUUCAAAGCAGACUUUGCCUUUGUGUCUGGAACUGACACGAAGAGUUCAAGUAUAGAAGAACGCAUUAGUAGCCUCACAGGUGAAUCCUUGAGCCGGCAACUAGUAGAGAAGCAAGAUGAAUUCGACGAAAAAUUUCAAAGAUGCUUUAAUUUGACUGGGAAGGUCGACUCAGAAGCUGUGGUUGUUGGUAAAGCUGCAAUAGCAAAUUUGUUAGGCGGCAUUGGUUACUUCUAUGGCCAAUCAAAAAUUUCUGUUCCUCAGAAAUCUGAUUUAAAGAAUGAUGAUUAUCUGCUAUACUGGCCAGCAGAGCUUUACACAGCUGUUCCUAGUCGUUCCUUCUUCCCCAGGGGAUUUUUGUGGGAUGAAGGUUUCCAUCAGUUGCUGAUCUGGCGCUGGGAUGUCCAUAUUUGCUUGGAUAUCAUUGGCCACUGGUUAGAUCUAUUGAAUAUUGAUGGUUGGAUUCCGCGUGAACAGAUUUUGGGUGCUGAAGCUUUGAGUAAAGUCCCUGAGGAAUUUGUUCUCCAGCAUCCGACAAAUGGCAAUCCGCCUACAUUGUUUCUGGUUUUACAUGAUCUGAUCUCUGGCAUUAAGAUGGGAAAAUUCAGUGCAACCGAAAGCAGCGAGAUCUCUUCCUUCUUGAAGUCUGCAUCUAUACGUCUUGAUGCAUGGUUUAAAUGGUUCAAUAUUUCACAAUCAGGAAAAGAACCAUAUAGCUACUUUUGGCAUGGUAGAGACAAUGUUACCGUUCGCGAAUUGAAUCCAAAAUCAUUGUCAUCUGGGCUGGAUGACUAUCCACGUGCAUCUCAUCCUAGCGAAGACGAGCGGCACUUGGAUCUCAGAUGUUGGAUGCUUCUUGCAGCAGAUUGCUUGCAUGCCAUUGUCAAACUUACCGAGUCUCAUAAUGAAUUUGAACAGGAGUAUGGAUUCACUGCCAAACAGCUGUCAAAUUUUGAACUUCUCAACCAGAUGCAUUUUGAUGAGAUGUUUGGAGCAUAUUUUGAUUACGGUAACCAUACUGAAAAGGUUCGUUUACGCCCACAAUUGAGAAUGAACGGGAACUAUGCCAAUCAAGAGAUGGUCCGAGAAGUUCUUGGGGAACCGAAACUUCAAUUUGUACCUCAUGUUGGCUAUGUCAGCCUCUUUCCAUUUAUGGGAAAACUUAUUCCUCCUGAGUCGUGGAUUUUAGAAAAACAGCUCGAUCUUAUUUCAAACCGAAGCACAUUAUGGACCAUUUACGGGAUUCGUUCUCUUUCCAAAACAAGCUCAAUAUACAUGAAACGCAACACAGAGCAUGAUCCACCCUAUUGGAGAGGCCCAAUUUGGAUGAACAUGAAUUACAUGAUCCUCUCUGCUCUCCACCACUACUCUGAAGCUGAUGGGCCAUAUAAAAUGAGGGCCAAAACAAUCUAUGAUGACUUGAGGAGCAAUCUGAUUAGAAAUAUCAUUCAGAACUUCGGUAAUAGUGGCUAUCUCUGGGAGCAGUAUGAUCAGAAAACAGGAAAGGGCAAAGGCGCACGGCCGUUUACUGGUUGGACGUCACUUAUACUGCUGAUCAUGUCAGAAAGUUACAGCAACGGCUGGGGAAUGUCAAAUUCUUGAUAUUCCAGAAAUUUUGAAGAAUAUGAAAUUCGAAAUUUACUUCUUUACUAGUCCCAUUCUUUAGGGAUUCUAGGAUUCUGAUACGAGUAGCUUUCUUAUUGAGUUAAUGUAGACAAGGACAGAAUCCUGCAGUUAGAAUUUAAUGCAACAUCUUACUAUA